AUGGAUAAGGAAGAGCAGUUAGCUGCCUACUGCAGCUGUCCAGGGAGAGCUGGUGAGUUAGACCGAGCAUGGGAAGCCAUAAGAAAUGGAGCUGGAGAGACAAAAACCUGCAUAACAACAAAAGAAUUUCAAGUUAAAGACAUGAGUCAAACAUCUUUGAAACCGAGAAAGAAGAAUGAGAAUGGGAUCAGGCAAUCAAAAGAGAGUCUAGAAGGAGAAAAAAGAAAGGAAACUGAAAAGUCGGGAGUCCGGCUAAGUAAUCAGAUGAGGCAUGCAGAAUAUCCGAAUCACCCGCUGAGAUGUUGCCCCACGUGGGGUCACCCGCCGUGUAGACGCUGCCUUUGUGCAGUUGAGGGAACUAGCCCCUGCCGCACAAUACGUAUUUAUAUUCACAUGUGCCUGUUGUGGGAGGAUCAGGGCCGGCAGAUCACCAUGAUCAGGGUGAGCAGAGAUUGCAUCACUGAUUUGGGAGGGGAGCCCCAGGCAAACUGGGGAGGGGAAGGAUAAUUAUUGCAGAAGUCAGACUCUCGAGGAAACAUUGUACGAAAUCAGUGGUCCCGGACAUCACGGAAUUCCAACAAGCCUCCAUCAGCAGAGGAAUCCAGAAGCAGGAACACCAGUCUUAAGCUCCAAAACAGCUCCACAACCUCCCGAACUUCAUCUGCUUCCCCCAGCCAGCACGAGGCCUCUCCGCCACCACAGCCUUCGCCGCAACCCUCGCCAGUCCUGCCCAAAACGCAGCCUGAUCCCGUUGUGCCACUCGACUCGCGACCUUCCACGCCCCCGGAGCCAGACGGUAGCAGGCGCAAGAAGUAUGAGCCUAACGAAGCCUGGAAUCAAAGCCUGGGGCGUGAUACCCGCGAGAACCGGAACUCGCAGUCGCGGGACUCACGCAGCUGCGAAUCUCGAGACUCGCACGGGCAGCCGCGGGAAUAUUCGCGCACGACCCCAACCGAGUGGAAGUCCUAUUCCCAGCGCCGUCCGCACUACCCUGCCUCGGUCCAGAUGGAUCGCGACUGUAUGUCAGAAAUGCAACAGCAGAAGCUGCGGGAGGAAGACGAGGUGGACGAGGCCUACUGGGCAUCUGUGAAGCUGCUGUACGAGAAAAUCCCCAGCUGCUCACGCCCCCGGCCGCCCAAACCCAAGAAUGCCAUCACCAUCGCCGUGUCAUCGCGGGCUCUCUUCAACAUGGUGGACGACAGGAGAAUCUACGAGGAAGAAGGUCUGGAAAAGUACAUGGAAUACCAGCUCACUAACGAGAAUGUCAUCCUGACGCCUGGGCCCGCGUUCCGCUUUGUCAAGGCACUGCAGCAUGUCAACGCUAGACUCCGAGAUCUGUAUCCUGAUGAUCAAGACUUAUUUGAUAUUGUACUGAUGACUAAUAACCAUGCCCAAGUGGGAGUGCGGCUUAUAAACAGCGUCAAUCACUAUGGCCUACUAAUUGAUCGCUUCUGUUUGACUGGUGGAAAAAGCCCCAUUGGCUAUUUGAAGGCAUAUCUUACCAACUUGUACCUUUCUGCGGAUUCUGAAAAAGUCCAAGAGGCAAUACAAGAAGGUAUUGCCUCUGCGACAAUGUUUGAUGGAGCCAAAGAUACAACUUACUGUGACACACAGCUCCGUGUGGCCUUUGAUGGGGAUGCUGUCCUCUUCUCUGAUGAGUCUGAACAAAUUGCCAAAGAGCACGGGCUGGACAAAUUUUUUCAACAUGAAACACUAUUUGAGAAUAAGCCGCUUGCUCAGGGUCCCUUGAAAGGCUUUCUGGAAGAUUUAGGCAGACUACAAAAGAAGUUUUAUGCCAAAGAUGAACGGUUACUUUGUCCUAUCAGGACCUACCUGGUUACAGCCCGAAGUGCAGCCAGCUCAGGUGCCAGGGUGCUGAAGACUCUUCGUCGCUGGGGUCUAGAGAUAGACGAAGCUCUUUUUCUUGCUGGAGCCCCUAAAGCUCCCAUCUUGGUGAAGAUCCGGCCCCACAUCUUCUUUGAUGACCAGAUGUUUCACAUUGAAGGGGCAAAGAAAGUAGGCACCAUCACAGCACAUGUACCUUAUGGAACAGGCCAAAAAUACCACAAUUAGAGAUGGUUACAAGAAAUACAACAGUGGCAGUCUGGUAUUACAGCAGAAACAUCCUCUGGAUGUUUAGAAUAAUCAGGUACUUUAGAAGAUUGGACCUAAAAACUAGCUCCUUUGGAAAAGUUUUCUCUUCAGUUUUUUGGGAAACAUUUUGGACUCUCAAGUUACCUUCAAGCUACUUCUGUCAAUGCUUUUGAGUGUUAUUACACCUGUCUUUGUGUAAGCCACAGUGAUGACUCUUCAGGAUAAAUUCAGAAUUUGAAUACUUGGAUUAUUAAGGGGGCUAUUUCAGAAACUUACUUAGUUUCACAGAACAAUGCUCAUUUUUGGAAGUUGGUACAUGGAAUGAAUUGUUACCUAUCAUCACCUAGAGUUCUGGUUUUCAAAGGCAGAAUGUGCAUUAACUACACUCUUGAAAACUAGAAUGUUUUAUCCCAUUGCCUCUAUGACCAGCCUUUAGACCAAUUCAAAAUGAAAAUAUUACUCUACAUGUGUGAGUAUACCAGUUUUGACACUGUUCCUUUGGAAAUAAAACAGCUGACUGUUAUGACAGGGCACCUUGUAAGAUGAGUUCUAGACAGAGCCUCCUGAGAAGGGUUCUCUAAAACUUUCUUAAAGAGCUAAUUGCCUCUGAACUAUAGAACUUCAUAUUCAAGGACUCCAGCUUUGGACCAGGCAAGUUGGGUCAAUAUUUGAGUGAGGGGUCAACACUUCAAAAUGUGUCAUGACAUGUUGUAUCAUGGUCUCGGUCAUUCUGUUAUAAUUUUUGUUUACUUUCAAUAAAACUUGAUUGGUUAUUAACCAUAAUAUACCAUAUGUUAGGGACAGUGAGCUGGUAAUUUUUGUAUUAUCUCAUUUUCUUAUCAAAUUAAAUGUUUGUG